GAAAGUCAAUGUCUAGUGGAUUCUUGCAAGGAUCAGAUCAGGUUCUUGAUUGAUUUCCCCUUUUUGUUAUCUCUCUUUCCCUUUGGUUUUGGCCAACCAAAAGGGACACCCAACCCUUCAAUCUUCAGCUUCAGCCAUGUCCAGCAUCAACACCACUUUCACCUCCACCAUACUCACUCCCAAUAUUCCUUCCUCCACCCCCAGAAGAACUACUUCUUCAAGUUCCAAUUUUUCCUUCAAAUCUAGACACCCAAUUACUUGCUCCAUUGGAGGAGCAGUUGCUGAAGCGAAGGCCACAGCUGCUGCCGAACCACUUUUGCUUAAUGCAGUUCGUGGAGAAGAUGUUGAGAGGCCCCCGGUUUGGCUCAUGAGGCAAGCAGGGAGGUACAUGAAGAGUUACCAAAUCAUCUGUGAGAAAUAUCCCUCAUUUCGCGAAAGAUCUGAAAAUGUUGAUCUUGUAGUGGAAAUUUCAUUGCAACCAUGGAAUGUUUUCAAGCCUGAUGGGGUGAUUUUAUUCUCAGACAUUCUUACCCCACUUUCCGGAAUGAACAUACCCUUUGAUAUUGUGAAGGGUAAGGGUCCUAUCAUAUUUGAUCCGAUUCGCUCAGCCGCACAGGUGGAUCAAGUGAGAGAGUUUGUUCCUGAAGAUUCAGUUCCUUAUGUUGGUGAAGCACUUACAAUUUUGAGGAAAGAGGUGGAUAAUAAAGCAGCGGUUCUUGGUUUUGUUGGGGCUCCGUUCACCCUGGCAUCAUAUGUGGUUGAAGGAGGCUCAUCGAAGCACUUCUCAAAAAUAAAGAGAUUAGCUUUCUCCGAACCCAAGGUCCUCCAUUCAUUACUACAGAAAUUCACAUCAUCAAUGGCAAGAUAUGUACAAUACCAAGCUGACAACGGUGCUCAAGCGGUUCAAAUCUUUGACUCAUGGGCCACAGAAUUGAGUCCAGUCGAUUUCGAAGAAUUCAGCUUACCAUACUUAAAGCAGAUCGUAGACACUGUGAAGAAAACUCAUCCAGAACUACCUAUAAUCCUCUAUGCGAGCGGUUCAGGGGGUUUGCUUGAGAGGCUAGCAUUGACAGGUGUCGACGUAGUUAGUUUGGAUUGGACAGUGGACAUGGCCGAGGGACGAAAAAGGUUGGGUCCAAACAUGGCAGUGCAGGGGAAUGUGGAUCCUGGUGUUCUUUUUGGUUCAAAAGAGUUCAUCACUGAGAGAAUAAAUGAUACUGUGAGAAAAGCAGGUAGAGGGAAGCAUAUCUUGAAUCUUGGUCAUGGAAUUGUUGUAGGAACUCCUGAGGAGAAUGUAGCACAUUUUUUUGAGGUUGCCAAGGGAAUCAGAUACUAGGGAGCUAGUAGCUUUUGUAGAUUCAUUCUUCUCACUUAGUUUAUUUAUUUGAGUACUUAUUAGUAUUUGUGAGAAAUUUAUAUAUCAUGUAUUUAUAAGGUGCCAUGUCUCAUGGUUGAGCUUUAAAUCUCUGAAUCUCGGAAUGAAUUUAGAAAAUGUGAUACUUCAAGUGAGCAAAGGGAAGUAGAAUCAAACUAGAAUGUACCUAAACUUGUAACUUAUGUUAUUCUACUAGUUAUUCACACUGAUCUGCUAUGAUCAAUUAAUCA